GCCAAUCUGGUUCAUUCUCAAAUUGCGAUCUCCACAUAGAAGAAGAUUCUCCAAGACGACGUUUUUCCGAUUCCUCUGAAAAUAAAGUUUCCGCCUUUAUCGGAGAUUACUUUACCUAAAAUUAGGCAAGACAACGGAGGAAUCGGAUAACAAGGAGAAAAUGCCGUCGCAGAUUCUCCCAAUCUCAUAUCUUCCCCCUAAAUCCUCACCCUCCACGGAAAUGAUGUUCAAGCCUUUGAUUUACGACGAUCCCUCCACGAGCCUCCUCGCUUCUUCUCGAUCUGAUGACGACCACACCGUCAAGCCUCUCCUCUCCCGCGCCGCCAGCUACAACAGCGGCGCCGUCACUACGAAGCCUCCUAACGGUGGAUUCACUGGUUGGUAUCAGAACAGACGGCGACGAUCCAACAGCGAUAACUGUCUCUGUGCGUUUCCCGAUGAUACUAAUGGAAGCGACGGUGGUAAUUCCGGCCGCCAAACUAUCGGUCAGGAGGUUAGCCACGCCGCCGCCGAGACCUUCUUGUUGACUCGUCUGGGCUUGAAGCUCCUGAGCUAUCUUGGGGUAGGCUAUAGAUGGAUCACAAGAUUUCUGGCACUUGGAUUUUAUGCCUUUCUACUAAUGCCAGGCUUUAUUCAAGUCGGGUAUUACUAUUUCUUCUCUCCUCACGUCCGCAGAAGUAUAGUUUACGGUGAUCAACCAAGAAACAGGCUUGACUUGUAUCUACCUAAGAACUCCAAUGGUCCAAAACCAGUUGUGGCGUUUGUGACUGGUGGAGCCUGGAUUAUUGGUUAUAAGGCGUGGGGUUCUCUUUUAGGACAGCAGUUAUCAGAAAGAGAUAUUAUUGUCGCGUGCAUAGAUUACAGGAAUUUUCCUCAGGGAUCUAUCAGUGACAUGGUCAAAGAUGCUUCUAGUGGCAUCUCAUAUAUUUGCAAUCAUAUCGCUGAGUAUGGUGGUGAUCCAAACCGAAUUUAUCUGAUGGGUCAGUCUGCUGGUGCACAUAUCGCGGCUUGCACCCUUGUAGAGCAGGUUGUCAAAGAGUCAGGGGAGGGGGACAGUGUUUCUUGGAGUAGUUCACAGAUAAAUGCUUAUUUUGGUCUGUCUGGAGGGUACAACCUUUUGAGCCUUGUAGACCACUUCCAUAGCAGGGGACUGUAUCGUUCCAUCUUUCUGAGCAUCAUGGAAGGAGAGGAAUCAUUAAGGCAGUUUUCUCCUGAACUAGUAGUGCAAGACCCGAAUCUCAAACACAUCGUUUCUCGUCUCCCACCUAUCAUUUUAUUCCAUGGUACUGCUGAUUACUCCAUCCCUUCAGAUGCAAGUAAAUCUUUUGCCGAAACCCUCCAGGGGCUUGGAGCCAAAGCAAAAGUGAUACUCUAUGAAGGGAAAACACACACGGAUUUGUUUCUUCAGGAUCCAAUGAGAGGUGGAAAAGACGAGAUGUUUGAAGAUAUAGUAUCAGUGGUUCUGGGAGACGAUCCAGAAGUGCUUGCUAAAAGCGUAGACAGAAGGCGUCUUGUGCCUGAAUUCAUGUUGAAGUUGGCUCACUGGGUCAGUCCGUUCUAACUCUCACUCUCCCAAGAAAGCAGAGGAAGUAUAUUCCUUCUUCCGGUGAUACGGACGGUUCACUGUGCAUAUUACUUAACAAGGAAACAGAUCCACUAUACUUCGACGACACGGAUGAUUUUGAACUUUGUUGAUGAUGAGCUUGUAUCCCAGUCAGUACACAUUGUUUGUUUUGUAAUUCUCAGAUUGUGCUACUUGUAGAACAACAAAGUGCAGUAAGUAACAAGUCCUUUGAUCUACUUAGUU